AUGGCCGCCGUCUCAUUCACCUACACCGUCGCCCCGCCAGCAGGCACCCCCGAGGCCACGUUCAACGGCUCCCCCGUCCCCACCAGCUCCACCAUCACCGCUCCCGUCGCCCCGGCCGCUGCGGCGUCCGACUCGCGCUCGCCCACCGACGCAUUCUACGCUGCGGCCGCUCCGGCCCUGCGCGCCGCCCAGCUCGACCUCAUGGACGCGCUGAGCAGCUGGAAGGACAGCGUGGGCGACAGGGAGAAGGCCAUUGAGAACGUCAAGGUCGAAAAGGGCAAGGGUAAAGCGGCGAGGAUGAUGAUGGCGACCAAGGCGGCGGAUGCCGAGGAGAGCGACGACGAGGAUGAGGACGAGGACGGGGAUGGGUCUGAGGAGUAG